UGGAUUUUUCCAAACGACGAGCUGCGCAAUUUCUGUGCAUUAAUCUGUCAAAAGCAACGUUAAAUGAACAGUCAUACAUUAACAGAUGUUUAAUUCUCAACAAAAGUCAAUGCAGUGCUGCUAUUGUAAAUUUUCCAUGCAACAGGAUCAGCCAAUGUUAUACACAAUUGAACAACGAUGGCCAGAGCUUUUUGUUGAAGAACAGGUUUAUGCAGAAUUUCUACGCAUAACCUGCGCUGAUCAUGAAAUUACUCCUAACAUCACUGGACAGUUCUACUGUGGGCUUGCUUAUGAUGUACAGAGCUCAAGAGGAAAUGGAGAAUCUACUAGAAAAACAGGAUAUACAGACCACAGACUUAACAGCGCACAGGAGAAACACUGUUCUUCUGAGUCUUCCCUUCUACCUACAAGAGCUGGCCUCAAUUUCAAAAACAUCCUGAAUUCUGCAAGGAACAUUAAGAUGGGAAUUUUAGAGUUGGUCAGGAAUGGCGUCCCUUCAAGAUUUCUGUGCAGUGCAGUAAAUGUUGUAAUUGUCCUUGAAGAGGAGGUGGUUAUGGAGAACCUGGGAAACUUUACAAAUGCCUUUAAAGUCCUGUUUUGCUCACUAUAUGCUUUUAACAUGAACUAUCGCAAGAACCUUAAAUACACAUUUGUGGUGGUCCAGAAAGUGUUCCAGUACCUUGGAAAUGACUACACUGCUAGAGUGCAAUCUCUAAAAAACAAACUAUCUGCAAAUAUAAUACAAAUUUCUGUGUGACAAUUCCAGUUAAUUUUGUCAGUUUGGGCACCUGCUUUUCAAGAGAAAAAAAAGUCUUUGAUCACUGUUUUAGUUAAAUGGAAUUGACUGUUAAAUGGUCUGUUGUCUUAUUUGAUUUAUUUGUUUUCUAAAUAAGUCUCUAAAUCUGGAUUCCAUCACCAUUCUACUGCUCUUACAUAAAGCAUUCUUUCUGCGUAGCUUAAAUGCACAGUAAUAUUGCAGCUGCAAAGUUAUAAAUGU